AUGCCCGAGACUGGAGAUCCACGGCUGCGUGCCAUUCGCAUUAAGACGGGUGUGGCAAAACGCAUUGCUAAGGAGAGAGACUCUUACGUCAAGGAGGCAGAACAACACAAGGCGAAACUGGAGAAGAUGAAGGAAGAAGGGAAGGAGGAUCGAGACAUUUCUCAUCAGGAGGCAAUGCUGCAGGAGACGCUGCAGGUCGUUCCCGACUGCCACAAGCGUCUCAUCGACGCCUACAACGACCUCAAGAGGAUCGUGGAGUCCGAGACGGAUCUCUCGGAAUCUGAGGAAUACCAGGCUGCUCGAGACAUACUCAAUGAGAUUGCUCCCGUCGUUGCCUAA